CAGUUUUUGGCUUCUUUUAAACCGUUUGUCAUUCGAGUGUGCCUUCGGGAACCGACUUCUAGCGAGUUGUUUUUCCAUCUGUGCUGGGGAACCGUGUUACUGUUACCCUUGAAGAAACAGUGAGGGGGAAAUAAAAAAAAAUACAGUUUGUAUAAAAUAAUGUAUUAACCAUAAGCAUAUCAUCAAUUCGAUUUCCUAAGGGAAUGCAAAAUGUACUCCCAGUGAAUAUGUGUGUAGGUAAUGCUCUCUGAGCCCUGCAGGACGUCAUGUCUGAAGAGGCCAUCUCAGGAAGCGACCUGGACCCCAGCGUUAACAGCGAAGAGGAGGAGGAGGAGGAGAUUGAGGAUGAAGAUAACAACGAUGGGGAUGAUGAAGAUGAUGCAGUUGAGCGGCCAGAGAGUGGCCAGGGCAGUACAGAGACGGAGACCCAGGGAGGGAGGGACUCCCCCUCAGCUACCUCACCCUCGGAAGAGACUCCCUCUGAGCCUCCGUCUCAGCCAUCCUCCCAGCCCCCCUCCAGGGCUUCCUCCCGGCCCAACUCUAGGCCUGAGUCUCGCUCCCAGCCCCCCUCUGGCCCCAGUUCCCAGCCUCCUUCUCGCCCUGAGAGCCCCAGCCAGGACAAGCCAUCUACGGGCAAGAAGAAGAAACCGAGGGCCUCAAAGUCCCAGGCCCCUUCGUCCUGUCCUGAGACCCCCAGCAAGGACAAGACCUCAGUUGGCAAAAAGAAGAAACCGAGAACCUCUAAGUCUAAGGAGCCUAAGCUUGCUAAACCCUCGAAGACAUUACACAUGAGGAAGAACAUCAGGAAGCUGCUGAAGGAGCACCAGAUGGAGGCAGUGACCAAAGCAGCCCAGCAGGAGGAGUUGGAGAGGCUGAGGCGUCUGGAGCAGCAGAGGAAGGACUUCAUGGCACCACCCGUCCAAGAGUUUCCUCCAGCAGUGGAAGCGGUGUCAGGGAGGCCUGGGGAGGAGGAGUUUCAGGGCCAGGGGUCGUUAGAGGCUGCUUUCCUAGCCAGGCAGGACGUAAUCUGCCUGGACAGCAGCGACAGCAGUGGAGAGGAAGAGGAGGACACCAAGCCACCAGCUAUCCCCACUAUCACACCCACAAUCAGAGACGACGUGAUCGAGCUGAGCUCUGGGGACGACGACACACUGCCGAUCAGCAGCGAAUCGGCCAAUGAGGAUGAAGGUGCGGGUGGCACGGAGGAGAGCAGCGGGGCCCACAUCAACGACUCACUCAACCAACCAGACGCCCAGGGGAGGGUCCUGGUCAACAUCAACCACCCAGCGGAGGAGGAAGACCUGUACCUCGUCCCACAGCUGGCUCGUGCAGUCAAACCUCACCAGGUCGGUGGGAUCCGGUUCCUCUAUGACAACCUGGUGGAGUCUCUGGAGCGCUACAAGGGCAGCAGCGGGUUUGGCUGUAUCCUGGCCCACAGCAUGGGCCUGGGUAAGACCCUGCAGGUCAUCUCCUUCAUAGACAUCCUGCUGCGACACACCGAGGCCCACACUGUACUGGCCAUCGUCCCUGUGAACACGCUCCAGAACUGGUUGGCAGAGUUUAACCUGUGGCUCCCAUCACAAGAGGCCCUGCCCCCUGAUAGUGACCCUGCCACAGUCGCAGGACGCACCUUCAGAGUCCACAUCCUCAAUGACGAGCACAAAACCACGGUGGCCCGGGCUAAGGUAGUGGAGGACUGGUCACGUGAUGGGGGCGUGCUCCUGAUGGGUUAUGAGAUGUACCGCUUGUUGUCCCUGAAGAAGAGCUUUGUGACGGGCAGGAAGAGGAAGUCCAAGAAGCCCCAGGGACCCGUCAUCAUCGACCUGGACGAAGAGGACAGGCAGCAGGAGCUCAUGAAAGGUAUCGAGAAGGCGCUGGCCAGGCCCGGUCCAGACGUGGUGAUCUGUGACGAGGGCCACCGCAUCAAGAACUACCACGCCAGCACCUCGCAGGCCCUGAAGAACAUUCGCUCCAGGCGACGCGUGGUCCUAACAGGCUACCCCCUCCAGAACAACCUGAUAGAGUACUGGUGCAUGGUGGACUUUGUCAGGCCUGACUUCCUGGGCACCAGGCAGGAGUUCAGUAACAUGUUCGAGAGGCCCAUUCUGAACGGGCAGUGUGUGGACAGCACGCCACAGGACGCCAGGUUGAUGAGAUACAGAAGCCACGUGCUGCAUAGCCUGCUGGAGGGGUUCGUCCAGAGGCGAGGCCACGACGUUCUGAGGGACCAGCUGCCCUCCAAGGACGAGCACGUGAUCAUGGUGCGCUUGUCGCCCCUGCAGAGGGCCCUUUACGCUGAGUUUAUGGACCGCUUCAGAGAGGCAGGCAACAGCGGCUGGCUGGGCCUCAACCCGCUCAAGGCCUUCUGCGUCUGCUGCAAGAUCUGGAACCACCCUGACGUGCUCUAUGAGACCCUUCAGAAAGAGAACCUGGCCAACGAGCAGGAUUUGGACUUGGAUGACAUCACGGCGGCCGCCAACCCCCGCUGCCCCGCCCCUGGCGCUGGCCUGAAGACCAAAGCGGCCGACUCGGCCAACAGCCGGUCCAACGUCACCCUGCCCCCACUCAACCCCAUCCAGGAGAGAGCCAAUCAAGUCAUCACCUACGAAUGGGCCAAGGACAUCAUGAGCAACUACCAGACUGGAGUUCUGGAGAACUCCGCCAAGAUGCUGCUGCUCUUCCAUCUGAUCGACGAGAGCGUGAUCAGAGGAGACAAGAUCCUGGUCUUCAGCCAGAGCUUGUCCACCCUGACAGUCAUUGAAGACUUCCUGACCAGACGGCCAAUGCCAGCAGUUCGUGUCUCCCCGGACAACCAUGGCCAGAACCAGACCUGGGUCCGCAACAUCAACUACUACAGGUUGGAUGGGAGUACGUCUGCUUCAGAGCGAGAGAGACUCAUCAACCAGUUCAACGACCCAGAGAACACCUCCACGUGGGUCUUCCUCCUGUCAACGAGGGCGGGCUGCUUGGGGGUGAACCUGAUCGGAGCCAACCGGGUGGUGGUGUUUGAUGCGUCGUGGAACCCGUGUCACGACGCCCAGGCGGUGUGUCGAGUAUACCGCUACGGCCAGAAGAAGCCCUGCCACAUCUACCGCCUGGUCUGUGACUUCACCCUGGAGAAGAAGAUUUACGACCGACAGGUCUCCAAACAGGGCAUGUCUGACCGCGUGGUGGAUGACCUGAACCCGGUUCUGACGUUCACCCGCAAGGAGGUGGAGUCUCUGCUGCACUUUGCAGAGGAGGAGCCUGACCCGACUAAAGCUCCUCCCCAGCCCCACAAAGAGAUGGAGACGGUCAUCAGCCAAGCCUGUCAGCUCUACCCCCACCUCAUCACUAAGGAACCCUUCCACCAUGAGUCUCUGCUGGUGGACCGGAAGGAAUCCAAGCUCACUAAAGCAGAGAAGAGAGCCGCUAAGAAGAGCUACGAGGACGAGAAGCGUGCCUCCGUGCCCUACUCUCGCCCCUCCUACGCCCACUACUACCCAACCAGUGACCAGACCCUCAUCAACAUCCCAGCCUUUAACCAGCGCAACUGGCGUCCCAUAGCUCGGGGUGAUGAGAAGCCCGUGGCCAGCGUCCGGCCCGUCCAGUCCACCCCCAUUCCCAUGAUGCCCCGCAUGGCGGGCAUGGGUGUGGCGGGUUCCAGCUCCGGGGUCGGCUUCCCCGUCAACUACCUGCAGAAGGCUGGCGUCUACGUCCAGAGGAUCGUCACUACCACAGAUAUAGUGAUCCCAGGAGCCAACAGCACCACUGAUGUCCAGGCCCGUAUCGGUGCAGGAGAGAGUAUCCACAUGAUCAAAGGGUCAAAAGGUACCUACAUCAAGACCAAUGAUGGCAGGAUUUUUGCCAUCCGCUCAGGGAAGCUCAGCAGAGCAGUGCAGGGAGGAACUGCUACCAACAGAGGUUCCCAGGUUUCCCUUCUUCACGCCAUCGGUAACGGCUGUUCGUCUCCCGGGGAGCGCCAACGGCUGACCCCCGACAGCGCCUUGUGGCCCUCCACCCCCGAGAUCCUACGAGAGCUCAGCCGCUACGCCGUCACCGCGGAUACCGUCACCGUGGGCAAUGAGCUGCCGUCACCAUCGGACACGUUUACAGGGGACAGAGGGGGAGGGGGAAGAAUGCAGCAGCACAAUCAGACCACAGAAUCGGACCACAGCCGGCAGUUCAGAGAGGACGUCGGAAUGAGCAUCAGCGAGGCUCUGCAACGCUCCAAACGCAAGAUGGCCGAGAGCCGUGGACACAAGCAGGGGGGCAAACGCAGCUCGACAGCAGCCGGUUUCCCGGGCCUCUCCCUGGGAAGCGGCGGCCUCAGCUUCCCCCCCAUGAACCAGGCCCUGGAGGGACACAUGAGCCACCCGCUGCUGAUGGGAGGCAAUUCCUCGUCCCCCUUCCUCCAGUCAGCAGGACAGACUCUGGGAGACCUGCAGGCCAUGUUCCCCUCGGCAGGGGCGGACCUCCUCAACCAUGCCUCCUCAGCCACAGGAAGCAAUGGACACCUCCCCUCCUCCACCACCACCUCCACCAACACCAUGCCUGUGUCCUCUGCCUCCACCACUCUGCCCCCCUACCUGAUGAAUCCCAGUGUAGCCGACCUUCUGUCCCCAGGCUUCCCUCUGAACUACAGUCAGUCCCUGCUGCCUGAUCCCAGGAUGUACCCCAACACCCUGGGAGGAGGCCCAGCCAGCUCUGGAGGAAGCUCCAGCUUCCUCUCCCACUACCCCUCUUCCCCCUCCAGCCUCCUGGGUGCAGCCCUGAGCCGGCCUGACACCCAUCACAUGGCCACGGACAACGGCGGCAGCAGCUCGGACGAUGACGUCAUCGAGGUAACAGGACAAUGAGCCAGCAUUCGUUAACCCUGAGGGGAUAAGUCGCAAAAACAAACAACUCCCCGCCCUAACCUGGCUAACCCUCUUAGCCCCUCUCCACACACACACACAGACUCCUAUGAGCGGGCAAGUGAGCAGGAACGAGGCGUACCUCAAUGUGCUUACCAAGACAAAGUAACAAAAUCCUUAUGCUGAAUAUCUUACUGAAGAGACUGAAGAUUUGCCUGAGCCCCUGAGGUUGGUGAGGCUGAGCACCAGAGACCAUGGAUGGGAAUGGAUGGACUUGUUGUUGUAGGGGACCAGUUGGUUGAACAUGAGGCUUCCAAGCACUGCCUCUACCGCUAUGUCGUCUAGCAUGGCCGUGCAGUUAUUUUACCCCCGUGACGAUUACUGAGGCCUGUCAGGACACUAUCUCCUCGGAGCUCACAUCAGAUGGUACUAUGUGAUCGUCUGUUGGACCGUUUGCAUUCAAAAUAAAAAAACGUGAUUUUAGAGCCGUUAGCUGUUUGAUAGACAUUGUAGCAAACCCAGUUGGAAAGGAUGAGAAGACAAUAUACACUCCCCUACAAAUUUAUUUGGACAGUGAAGUUAACAUUUUUACAUUUGCCUCUAUACUCCAGCAUUUUGAAUUUGAGAUCAAGUUUUUCAUGAGGCAACAGUACAAAAUAUCACCUCUUAUUUGAGUGUAUUUUCAUACAUACAGCGCCUUCAGAAAGUAUUCACACCUCUUGACUUAUUACACAUGUUGAUGUGUUACAGCCUGAAUUCUAAAUAGAUUGAAUACUUUUUGUGAAAACAUGUUUUGAAAUGUACUGAAAAGGAAAUACAGACAUCUCAUUUACAUAAGUAUUCACACCCCUGAAUCAAUACUUUGUAGUAGCGCCUUAGGCAGUGAUUACAGCUGUGGGUCUUUCUGGGUAAGUCUGUAAGAGCUUUCCACACCUGGAUCGUGCAACAUUUGGCCAUUGUUUUUUUUUUUUCAAAAUUCAAAAGCUCUGCCAAAUUUGUUCAUCAUUCAAGUAGAUGUAAGUCAAAACUAACUUGGCCACUCAGGAACAUUCACAGUCUUCUUGGAAAGCAACUUGUGUAGAUUUAGCCUUGUUUUGUAGGUUAUUGUCUUGCUGAAAGGUGGCUUCAUCUCCCAGUGUCUGGUGGAAAGCAGACUGAACCAGGUUUUUCUCUAGGAUUUUGCCUGUGCUUAGCUCCAUUCUGUUUAUUUUUUAUCCUGAAAAACUCCCCAGUCCUUAUCGAUUUAAAAGCAUACCUGUAACAUGUGGUACUCAGUAAUUUGUUGUAUUGGAUUUGCCUAUGCAAUACACUUUGUAUUCAGGACAAAAGGUUAAUUGCUUUGCCACAUUUUUUACGAAAUUACUUUAGUGCCUUGUUGCAAACAAAAUGCAUGUUGUAGAAUAUUUUUUUAUGUACAGGCUUCUUUCUUUUCCCGUGGUCAAUUAUGUUAGUAUUAUGGAGUAACUACAAUGUUGUUGGUCCAUCCUCAGUUUUCUUCUAUCACAGCCAUUGGCUUAUGGCUGUAACGGUUUUAAAGUUACUAUUGGCCUCAUGGUAAAAUCCCUGAGCGGUUUCCUUCCUUUCCGGCAACUGAGUUAGGAAGGACGCCUGUAUCUUUGUAGUGACUGGGUGUAUUGAUAUACCAUCCAAAGUGUAAUUAAUAACUUCACCAUGCUCAAAGGGAUAUUCAAUGUGUACUUUUUUUUAGCAAAGGGGUUGAAUACUUAUUGACUCAAGACAUUUCAGCUUUUCCUUUUGAAUUAAUUUGUUAACAUUUUGAAAAACAUAAUUCCACUUCAACAUUGUGGGGUAUUGUAUGUAGGCCAGUUACAAAACAAAAUCUAAAUUUAAUUCAUUUUAAAUUCAGGCAGGCUCUAACAACAAAAUGUAGAAAAAGGCAAGGGGUGUGAAUAUUUUCUGAAGGCAAUGUAUCUGUUUACCAUUUAGAAAUGAAAGCACUAUGUGUCUAGUCCCCCCAUUUUGAAUAUGUAAUAUUUUUUUUUUUACAUAAGUAUUUGGACAUUUACUUAGUGUAUUAAAGUAGUCAAAAGUUUCUCCGUGGUUGGUCAGUACCUUUCUCGGUCUGUGAUGUCAUGUCAAAAUCAUUGUGAGUGGAAUGGAUCGGGCCUCAAGGUUCUGUUUUUCCACUGGAAUAAAAUCUGCAAUUGGACAUGGAAUAAGCCUACUGGAGUUAUUAUAUAACUCUCACUUUUUUGUGGAGUUUCAGUUUACUCUCUACUACCUAUUUCACCAUACACUCCUCACAACCUCCACUCUACCCUCCCACUACUGCUUACUUCCUUGUCCUCUACCUUACAGCCUGUUUCUAGUUGAUCAUGUUUUUUUCCACCUCACUUCGGAACCUCAACCUUUUUCUAAUUGGCCAUGUCUUGUGUCUAUCAAAUGAUUUAGCCAAUCAUCCCAGUCCUUUUAACAGGGAACACUAUUUCCUUGGAGAAGGAAUCCCCAUCCUCCCUCUCAAUCCAAAUAGUUUCACUGUGCUUAUUAUUUCUUUGUGUUAUCAUGAAGAGAACAUGAUCCAUAUGUUGUUUAAGUAACAAUGUUAUUUUAUAACAUCUUGAUAAUGUUAGCUUGCCUUGACUAGUUUGUAAUUUAUCUUAUUGUAUGAAUUUACCAAAAUUCUUUAUUUAUAAUGAUGAAAACGAAUUCAUCUGCUGUAUUAUUUUUUUAUGACUUUUUUUCCCCCCCUCUCUCUUUUUAUCCACGUUGAUCUUUUGACCAGUGUCUGUGGAAGAGCAGAGAAGUGGCACAGACUGACUGUGUCCCUCCCGAUCUCUGUCACCCCCAUGUAUCCAGCAUAUGACAACUGUGUUACUUCGUUAAUGUUAUUUUAACAUAAUAAAACACACUUCUCCUG